GAGGUACGACCACGACCUGCACCAUUACUUUGCUCCGUCUCGACGAUUGACUGAACUUUUUUUUUUUUACCCUUCUUCUUGGAGGUGCGUGUGCUUGCAGCGCGCCUCGAAUCGACCCAUACACUGCAUCAUCAACAACUCUCUAGCGUAUGUAGUUUUCUAUGAUUUGGUUGUAAUUUUCUUCUGUAUUGUUUCUUCUCACCUACAGGACUUGAACCUCUAUAUUUCUUUGAUUUCAUCAUUAUUUUGGGUGAUUCUGUCUCGGGCUUGAUCAAGGGCUUUUAGAUCUAUUGGUUGAUUCUUUGGAGCCUUCAGUUCGGAUUGAAUAGCUGCAGGUCCAAUCUGGAUUUGCCCUUCAUCGGUUUCACAGAAUUUCUUGCGUGGUACAUGGAAUCAAUUAAAAGAAUGGGUGAAUAGAAUUAUUUGGGGGGGUUGAAUGUGUGUUUGAUCUUGAACUGAAGCUUUCGAACCGGGCCAAUUCAGACAGCAAUGGAAGGAAAUCUGUCUUCGAGGAAUAUGUUGCAAGGGAAUAGUUCGUUCGGGGGCUUUGAUAUACAAGGGCCGUUGAGGAUUAAUCAUCACCAGCAACAGCUCGGACCUAACCAUCAAGCUACGAGGCAAGGGUUGUCAAUGAUCAAUGCUGUGAAUCACGAGCACUUCCCCCUUACGAUCGGCAACAAUCAAGACUGUGACCAAACUGUUUCAGUGGUGGAUUAUGGUAAGGUGGACAGAGGGAAAGCUGUUAGCGACGAGGAUGAGCCGAGCUUUACUGAUGACGCUGGCGAUCAGGGAAAAGGGAAGAAAGCUUCUUCGCCCCAAUGGCAACGUGUCAAGUGGACCAAUACGAUGGUAAGGUUGUUGAUCACAGCAGUCUCGUACAUUAAUGAAGACGCGUCAGCUUCCGAACACGGGAUUGGCGGUGUCAGGAGGAAAUAUGCGAAUUUACAGAAAAAGGGCAAGUGGAAAUCCGUGUCGAAAGUCAUGGCAGAAAGGGGCCAUUUUGUUUCGCCGCAGCAGUGCGAGGAUAAGUUCAAUGAUCUUAACAAGAGGUACAAGAGACUGAAUGAGAUCCUCGGGAGAGGGACUUCCUGCGAGGUAGUCGAGAAUCCUGCUCUUCUUGAUGUGAUGGAUCACAUCUCCGAGAAAGCAAAAGAGGAGGUUCGGAAAAUUCUGAGUUCAAAGCAUCUGCACUACGAGGAGAUGUGUUCGUACCAUAAUGGGAACCGUCUGCAUCUUCCCCCCGACCCUGAUUUGCAGCGUUCAUUGCGCAUCGCCUUAAGGAUCAGAGAGGAUCACGAUGACAUUAAUGAUCCAAGAAGGCACGCGCAAGAAGACAACGACGAGGUUGACCAAGACAAUGAAUACGACAAUUAUGGUGAAUCCGAGGAGAAUCAUGGAGAUCAAAUCCACCGGGCGGCGGUGCCACUGUAUGGGAUGUCGGAGAAUCCUUCAAAGAGGUUAAAACAAUAUCAGAGCGACGAGGGUUUUAGUUUCCAGAGGGGUUUGAACGCCGUCGACUGCAACAAAACCUUCAGUUUUCAUGUCGAAAAUGUAGAUUCCUCCGACCCGAACCAAACCGCUCCGGCUGAAGGCAGAAAAGCGUUACAGAAGCAGUGGAUGAAUCAUCGGAACCAUCAGAUUGAAGAAAAGAAGCUGUAUAUUCAAGUGCAGAUGCUGGAGCUGGAGAAAGAGAGGCUGAAAUGGCAGAGGUUUAGCCGGAAGAAGGAUCGCGAACUGGAGAUGAUGAGGAUGGAAAAUGAGAAGAUGAAGCUGGAGAAUGAUCGAAUGGCGCUGGAGAUUCGGCAGAAGGAGAUAGAGAUGGGAAUCCUCAACGGUUAGCCAUGCCAUGCCAUGCCAUCCAUUGCUGUAAUUACCAUUGCUAUUACUAUGAUUGCUUCUUCGAGCAUAAUUCUGCUGCUGCUGCUGCUGCUGUAUUGUCUUUACUUUAGGAUUGAUUGAUAUUGCUGCUACUUUGGCAUUAGUCAUCAUCUAUCCAUCCAACUGUGUUUUUUUUGUCAUUGUUCAAAUCAGACAAUGCCAUUGUUGUGUUGUUGUUGCCCUUCUUGUUCAAAAACUGGUUGCAGGCUUGCAGCAAAUUCUGUUACAUGAUACUACAAUAGUAAUAAUCUACAUUUUUAUAUUUAUUAGAAUUUA